AUGGAUCCGGAAUUGCUCAGACAGCAAAAAGCCUUCCAAAGACAUGCAGCCACGACUGUAGCUGUUCAGAAUAAACCGGUAAGAGUGAAAGAUCGAAACAGAAUCGGAAAAAUGCGCAAUUCCAGUCGGCGUCGGCAAAUUCGCACACAACGUACUCAUCAGAAGCAGCAAAAGCGAAAAAGAAGAAGGCUUCGGGACCAACGCAGAAUUUGUCGAAAAGUUAGAAUAGGAACGAGUGUUUCCCAAUCGUUUAGUUCCGACUUUCAGUCCCUGACUUUGAUAAUUACACAAAUGCGAAUGCUAUCUCGAACGCCACGAAUUUCAGUACAAUGGCGAAGAUUGUGGAUUACAUGAAGGUUUUCAUUGAGAUAUCUUCAUUUAAAUAAUCGAACGUUCAGAAACGUCAUCUGAAUCAACAGCCGUGGGCACUGACUCUCCAGGAGAUUCUCGACGAACUGCAAAUUUAUGAUCUUCCGAAACGAAGCGAAGCCUUCUUGAGAGAAGCUCUCCCCAAAAAUCCCCGACUGAUCGCAGAGAAUGAUAAGUUCGCAUUUCGUCCGCCGUACAAAAUCAAAGGAAAGACGUCGUUGGUGGCAGUGCUGAAAAAGCAUUACCAGGACGGAAAAGGCGGAAUCCUCGUGUCAGAUCUGGCGGAAUGCGUGGCAAAUUACGACGCACUGUUGACGGUAUUCCGGUUCGUAGUUCUUCUGAAAGUCUGAAUGCAUUUGCAGCAAGUGGCGGCCGAAGUCAUAGUCCUUCCGACUCAAGUCAACAAAAAAAAAGACCGUGUUGUCUUUUACAACGACCGAGAAUUCAUGUUUCCGGAGCUCGAGGACGACUUCAAACAGAUAUGGAGACUUGUGUCCGUGGAUCAUUUGGACGAGAAGAAAAUCGAGGAAUAUCUGCAGAAGAAGGGACUCGACGCGAUGAAGGAUCUGACUCCGAAGCCGCGAAUGCAGUCGCAGCAGAAGAGGAAGGCAGUGAAGAGGCGACUGAACCAGAAGGUCCAGAACGAGCACAUGGACGGAGUGCUCGAGGACUACGAAUAA